CUCACAUAGAUCUAACAAUUCAUUCUACAGGGAAUGUCUGUCUGUGUUUAGGCAGAGUAAGAAAAGCACACAGCACAACACAGCAGAGGUUAGAGUAACUGAAGACCAAGGAAAAUGUCUAAUGAACUUGAGUAAGUACUACAUCCUUAUGCUACUUGUGAUAUUCGUAACUUCAUGUUAUGAUUUAUUUUAAAUGGUUAAAAAUAUAUCCUGAAAUAUGUUGUGUCUUUACUUUAGUUUGUUUUUGUUUUGUUGUUUUUGCGUUGGUUUUUUUUUGUCUUUUUUUUUUAUAUACGGUAAUUGAUUUUUUUAAAUUUUGUUAUAUAAUUUGUUUACAUAUAUGUUUGGAUGUUAAUUUUGUAUAUAAUAGUUUUUAUUACUAGCUAGAAAACCGCAAAACUAUGUACCAGGACAAAGUUCUUAUGGGGAGCUUUUGUAGAUGUGCAGCAUUUUGGAUAAAAUCCAAGUAGGUUUCUGCUGAUUGCUUCACGUAUAGCUAUUUUCCCCAUAAUUUCUCCAAAUUCCCUUUAAAAAUAUGACUAUCUCUCACAAACAUUGGUUACUGAAUCGCCAAACUGUGCCACCUCCAACCUAUUUAGUGCCCAUUUAUCUAACACAUAAAGAUUUUAUAUGCAAUAGCCUCUCUUAUAUCCAUAAAGAGUAAAUGUAUUUGCAAAGACACAUUAAGUAAAAUCUGAGACCGACGUGUGUGUGUGUGUGUGUGUGUGUAUAAAAUUUGUAUUUGGCAAUACAGUAAAACUUUCAUUUUUUUCAGAGGUUUUUUUAUAAAGUACAAACUAUAACAUAACACAUUCUCUAUUGUUUAUUCCAUUUGUCAGUAUUAACAUAAGAAUACUCCCCAUACACAUUCUCAGUAUGUUUUAUUUAUAUACUGAUUUAGGAUAUCUUUGUGCUGUUUCCUAAAAAAAGAUUUAGCUUAGUAUAUAUUUGCAAUUCAAAGCAUAACGUUUGUGUGUGGUAUCAGUUAUUAAUACAAUUACUGGAUUUGGAAGAAGAUAUUUUGUUAUAGUUUAUAUUAUGAAAUUAUAAUAUUUCCUAGAGGAGAUGAUAGCAGUUUAACUCUUGCUCCCAGACAGGUGCAUAAAGGCACAUACUGUUGUGUGUCGCAGCUGGAGACUGUUUGCUUCUGAUUGGUUGUGACAUAUAUUUGGCAUUACCACAAAUGGAAUUUACUGUCAAUAUUUAGCAACAUACUAUCAUAUAGUGCAUUAUUUAUACUGUCUAUCAUAAGUUCCAUAUUGUGUAUUGUGUUGCCACUUGAGUUUACAGUAUAAAUAGUAGAGGGGUAUGAAGAAGUCAGAUUCCUUGGGGGGAAAAAAGGGAUCUACUUUUCCACGAUGCAUAAGAAAAGUUGUUAAAAAUGCAUGAAAUCAAGUAAAACAUUAAUUCUGUAUAGUCUCUACUUCUGCAUUACAUUGGCAAUUUCUGGAGAAGGUUUGCAUAUAGUAGACACAUUGGUCUCUGGUACUGAUUCUGGUCUUUCCAAGCUCAGGCACAAAAUAGGGAAAAGGCUGCUUCUGAUAAAAUAGAUUGCUAAAGAAAUGACUUGGGUUUUAAGGUAUUUUUAUUUGGAUACGUAUGAACUGAGCCAACAAUUUUUACAUGAAUUCCAGCAAUAAAAACAAAUCCUAAUAAAAUAACAGCAUAAUCCACAUAAUUAGUGUUUUUACCGACACGCACAUCUAAAUCUUGGUGUGGCUUUUUGAUUGUAUACUUAACUCCUUUGCUUCUGAAGUUGUGUGUUCUUGAAAAAAAAUAUCCUCUUAAGACAAACUGGCACCAUGAACACAAAAGCCAGAUUCUUCCUAAAAUUAUAUAGUUUCAGUCUAAUUUCAACAUAGAAUAAAUGGUUUCUGGCCUAUUCUGAUUACGAGGGCCUUUCUAUUCUUUUUGUCUAGACGUAAGAAUGGUACAUGCACUGGUUCUUUAUACUCCCAGAGAUACAGAUUUAGAAUAAGAUGUGUGUGCCACAAUCAUGUAAAUACAAUGUUAACUAAAGAAAACAGUGUGUGUGUGUUUGUUUAACCCCUUUGUGGAAAAUGCUAAUUAGAUCCAGCUGUAAUUACCCCAGGCAGCUUGAAGAAUGGCCUUUUAACUACUUUAUGCAACGUUAUUCCUUUGUUCUUGUAAGGUGUAUUGGAAUAAAGACCAUUACUUAUGUAAAUUUAAAGCAGGUAUACACAACCUUAACAAUGAUGUUGCAAGGUGUCAUUUCAUGUGGUACUUCUGCUAUAAUUUUUAUGUUUGCAAUUUUUUUUGCCUAGUUUAGUGUUUGUUUGUUUUUGUUCUGUGUUUGUAAGUUUGUUUUUUUGUUGGGGUGUUUUUGUGUGUUGUUUUGUUAUCUGGUACUUAAAGUAAAGAAAGUCUGUGUUCUAAAAACAGAGUAGAAUUAUUAGUUUUUUUGUUUUUUUUUUAAUUGGGGAAAGGGUAGGAUAUUUUGCAAAAUGUUGUAGUGUUGAUGCCGUGUGUUUAGGAUUAUCUUGAUUCAUGUGCUACUGAAUUCUCUUAUCAAAAAGUAAAUUUGAUGACGUGUAAGUAACUGGUUUAGUUAUUAUCUUUAUGGCUUCUCCCAUAUGUAAAUUUCUCCAUUUAGAAGUUAUCCAUGUUUAUCUUCAAGCUCUGUAUUGCUAAAUUUUAUAAGGUCUCAGCUAAUCAAAGGACAUGGAUGAAUUGAGAAAGCUGCCUUUAAAGUAUUUUCUGCAUUGUCUACAUACUACUUUUGUCGCUACAAUGUAUAGAUGAACAUUGAAAAUAAACAUGCCCACCUGUAAGGCUAAAUCGUACAUAAAUGUGCUAUGGUUUAGAAACACUAAACAUCAGCAAUAUUUGCUAUGCAACUUUUUUUAAUUCUAUUUUUUUAACCAGUUUAUACAUUUUAAGAGCAUUGUUAAGCUCAAUCUAUUUACAGGUAACUUUUCAUACGCCUAUCAUUUAGAAGUAUUGCAGUCAUGUGUGUUUUAGUUCAAAACCAAGGAAGCCCUCAGCAAGAUGGAGUGGAGAGAAUUAUAUUGAAAAUCUCCAUUCAGUAAUCCAAAGCCUGUUAUGUUGAACGACCUCUGGAUACAGACCAUUGAUUCUGUUCACUGACAGUGCAGUGCAUUAGCAAUUACUGCUCCGAUUGCAUGGACAAACACAAAGUAACCAUGGCUAACAAAAUGGAUACAGACUCAUCAUGAUGGUUAAUAUUGGGACUGCAGGUGUUAUCUGAGAUGUGCAUAUUCUGUCUAGCCAGGUUACAGUUUUAGCAGCCCACCCAUUACUUUUUGUAUAGGGAUGGUAAAUGAGGCCAAGCUUGGUACAGUUCUGGGACCCCUGUCUAACCCCUGGGCCCUAUGCAACUGCCCUAGGGCGCCUCAUGAAUAAUUAUGCUAUGUCCACAGAGUACUGCCAACAAACAAAGCUGGGGAAUAUAGGGCUUGGGAAAUAAUUCAUUUUAGAAUUGUAUCUGUGAUAUAAAUUUAAGCAGAGAUUCCUCUAGUGACUGCAUCAUUGUAGUGACUCACUUAAUUGAUUUGCCUAUAUUUGUCACACGGUUAUAUCCACGCUGAUGAAAGAGUGGAAAAACAAUAAGGUUGUGGGUUAUUUUUGUUUUUCUAGAAUAUUUUUUAAUGUGGAUAUCCUUACAGUAGUGUUUGCCAUUUCAUACAGGACAGGAUGUUUCGUAGAGUUUGUGGGCUAUUGGCUGACUAGUUUAAAUGUCUGUAUCGGUGCUCUUAAAUGUUCAUUUAAAAUGUGUUGGGCCAUGGUAUUAAUUGUAUUGUGCAUUAAACAAAAGGGAAAACUUUGAUAGGUCCUUUACAAAUAAAUCCAACGUUUUGAGUAGAGGAUUUCAACCCAUUUGUGUGGAUCAUUGCAAAGACAGAAAAGAAAAUUGUUUAUAAAAAAAGUAUUGAGAAUAUAAGCACACAAAAAUUAUAAGAAUGCAGACAGCUGCAGGCAGACAGGUCCACCAUUUCGUGAGAGCAGUCAUGCGCAUUGCAAAAUGGAAGUUAAACCAUUUCACACUCUUUGUGGUUUUGUUUUUCUCAACCACAAUGAAAACAAGCAAUGAACGUGCACAUAUUUUGUUUGAUGUGUUUUCCUACAGGAAUAAUGUAAACGUUCACAAAAUUGUAUGGGUAUUCUAUAAGGGUAAUAGACUUGUUGGAUGAAUUUUUACUCUACAAUAUAUAGGCAUUUGUAGAUAGAUCUGAACCCAAAUUAUGUUCACAACCAAGUUGCAAGUGAUUAAAAUGUCACAAGGGUUGCUAUUUGCGUGGGAAAGUAGCUCAUUUCAAAUCUAAUCUUAGUGAAGGGGGCUCUGGGAAAAUGUCACCGGCCCAGGUACUGGAAUAAUGCUGAUUUCCAGUGAUCAUUUUGGGCUUUUCAUUUAAUAAGAUCUGAUGGUUUUGUUUUUUUAUGUAUAGUAUAUAAGAAAAUAUAUGUAUGUAUUGUCUUUAUUCUACAAACUGUACCUCCAUCCAAGUAUUCCUAGUUCUAUUGUAUCUGUGUAUUUCCCAGAGUGGGCUCUAGAAUCCAAGAAAUUACAUAACCUCUUUACUGUCCAAUCUUGAAAGUCAUCAAUAUGGGGAGCAGAGAGCCUCCUGAUGUGUGGUUUGUGGUCGAAACCUUGAGUGCAAGGAGCAAUUUUUUUUUUUGUUUUGCUUUGCACAAAGCGUGUUAUAAAAAAACAAACAAAAGAAAAAAACCACUGUACAAGGUGAGGAAUGAGAAGGCGGGACAGAGCUUAGUCUUAAAACAGCACUCCGUUCCUGGAGUCAGGGCUCAUGAACAAAGUGUGACUCAGCAGCAUGUACAGAGCUUGUUAAUCUUCAACAGACAGGUGAGCUGAUCAAGGAAGGCAACACUUGAUAUAUGGCACGAAAGUAUAAUGCAAGAAGAGCGAUAGUUGUCAGGUAUCAGAGACAUAUAAAAUGGUUAGACAUGGAGGUGAUAUAGGAAUUUUAGAUUUAAAACCGAAAAUAGCCAGCUGGCAGUUCUUCGUCUAUUGUCGAUCUACAACUCAUGUCUAGCUAGACUGUGCCAGAUAAAUGCUUUGUUCAUCUGGAAAGGAACUAGAUUAGGGGUAGGCAACAUUCGGCACUCCAAAUGUUGUGGACUACAUCUCCCCUGAUGCUUUGCCAGCACUAUGACUGUAAGAGCAUUAUGGGACAUGUAGUCGACAGCAUCUGGAGUGCUAAAGCUUGCCUACUCCUGAACUAGACUAUUCCGUAUGAAUGAGCUUUAAGAGUGACCAUGUAUGUAUUGUACCCUAAAGGUGACCGUUACAGCUUUGAAAACCCGCAUUACUAGGGAAUUUCAAAGAAUUAUUAUUUUUUUUUUUACUUAUCUACUGCAGUUUGUUUAGCGCUUCCUUGAUGUAAUUGCCCAGAGGUGAAUCAUGACAUUCUCACUAAUAACAUUUUAUGAAUAAUAUGAAGAAUUAAAGACUAAUUAUAGUCUUACCUUUUCAUAUGUAUGUAACAUACUCACCUUGAAUAUACACAAAGUGUAAUUUUCUUAAAAUAUGUAUAGGAAAUAGGCAAUAUCUAGACUUUAUUGCCCAAUACUUUAAAAACAUUUUUUUAUUUUUUUUUAGUAUUCUAAUAUUUUUCUUUGCAUUGUUUUAUUCUUGUUAGUUUGGCUUUUUUGUAUCCCAGCUAAAUGGUUUUAAUUGUAUUUGCUAUGAAAUGUACAUACAUAUACAUUGGUUAACUCUUCUAUAUUUGUGCAUGCCUUUAUCUGUUCCACAUUUAGACUACUUAUAAAGUGGACUGAUUCUCAAAAUGUACAAUUAGUACAUUUAGUCAACUUCUAUAUUAAAGACAUGAUCAACAUUGUUGACAGGUCACAGUGCUGCACACCAGCCUGAGUGAUAAAGUGGGAUAUUAUUCAGUAUUUCAAGCUAAGUGGAGCCCGUGACAGAGCCUAUUUAAGACCGUUUCUAUUCUUGUUGCUAAAGUAACUGAGACAAAAGGUGCUACACCCAGCUUGGCAGGUAAUAAAACUUGCUUUUUGUGAGUAGCAGCCCACCUACAAUACAUUCAGGUAGUACACAGCCUCAGCAUUCAGUUUCGCCAUCAAUCAUAAAUCCCCCUAUGUUUUACUGGUCACAAUCAAGAGCAAUGAUUAUUUGACAAUGGGACCAAAGACUACUAAUUACAAAAUAAUGGACUGUCUCCCUUGGGAAUACCAUGUACUAACAGCAGUAACCAGACUGAUGAACAGCAGGCCCGUCUGGCUAUACAAUUAGUAUAUAAUUGUGUGUUGUACAUUUAUAGGUCACUCAUGAGAAGACCUUAAUUAAAAAGUGAAUGAUAUAUUGUAUGACACUUUAACUUGCAUAAAAAAGGAGUAUGCCAUUUCUCAGCUUUUGUUGACAUGCAAUUACCACAUCCUUCGUUCCAAACAUGGCAGUGAAAUUCAUUUUUCCUGAUAUACCAUUUUAGGGCUAUAUGUUUACAAUUGCAUUCUUGCCAAAAAAGUACUGACUAUAAGAUGGAUCAUCUUAACUGCUGAUUGUUCCAGUUCUAAAAACUUUGUCUUGUCAUUGCUUUUUAUAAAUAACCCUCUUAAGUGCACUAAGUAUAGAAUAUUUGAUGCCUAUUGAAAUCUCUGGGUUGACUCAGCCUUUUAACAAUAAUAGGAGAACCUCUUAAGCUGGCUGAUAACCUGUUCACAGUAAGACCUAAUUUAAAAUCUAGAUAACUCUACAUCAAUCAAAAAUUCCCAACCGCAUUUUAUCAAGAACAUUAUGCAUGGAAGGAAAAUGUCUUCUAAUAUUUCAGGACCUUUCUAAAACUGUUCUGGACUAAGUCAUUAAAAAAACAAAGGACACAGAAUCCACUUCUCAACACAUUUUAUUUUGUAUUUUAUCAUACAUGAGAUUGCACUUUCAUUAUUAAAAUGUUUCACUCUUUGAGUAUGGAAAUGGUUAACUCAUCCAAAAACACAUUCCUUGCCCUGCAUUAUGGCCUUAAAACCGAUAAAGGUAGAUAGGAUUAUACAAACAUAUUAUUUCUCAAUAGCUUUAGCUUUCACAUAUUGGAAACUGUUUUAAUUAUUUUUUUUUCCUGGAGAACAAAAGCAGAGAGUUAGGAGCGGUUAAAAGCAAAGAAAGGCCAGCUUGCCACAGUCUAUAGAGUAAACGUAAGGAGAAUCUGAAUGGAAGAAGGAGGAAAGGUAUUGAAAGAACGUUGUCAGGUGCCUUUCCACUUGGGUGAACUUGUAACCUCCAUGAGCUAGGCAGGCUAAUAAGAGAAGGCAGUAUUUGUAUUUCUUUGAAUGCAGGGUUUUGGAUAUAGUUAUUAUUUCUUCUGUGCUCCACAUACCUAAGAGUUUGACGUAUAGGUUUAUAGUAAGGGAUUUACGAUACCGGGAGACCUGUAUAAUGUUUGAUUACUUUUAUUUACAGCUCUUCAGCAGUGCGUAAACAAACCAAACCGUAAUGAAUUUUAAAAGAAAGUGAACAUAAUUUUAAUUUACACCAGCAAUAUCUGUCUGAAUUAUUAAAUGGACACAAUUUUGUGUCUUUUUUUUGUUUGUUUGUUUUUUUCUUCAGUAAAUAUUUUCUGUGAAAUUUUAAGCCCUUGAUGUAUUUGUAGGUUUGUCUGUGGUGCAUUCAAAAGUCACCAGACAAAGACCCAUGUGAAUGUCUUAAUAUCUUCAUAUGUAUGUGUGUGUGUAAUCUUUGAGGUGUUUUUUUGUUUGUUUGUUUUCGUCAAUGCUGAGCAGUUUACUGAAUACUGUAUUCAUCUGUUUUACAGAACCAAUGCCUUAAUUCACAUUUUUUUUUAUAUUUACAUUGUCCACAGCUACCGACCAGUUAUGCUCCUGCAGAAUGACUGCAUCAGUUUCCAGAAGUACUCUUCCUACACCAAUGAGGAGGAAGCCUGGUCAAAAUAUUUAGAGAAUCCCAUGACUGCAGCUAGCAAAGCCAUGAUGAGAGCAAAUGGAGAUGAGGAUGGUGUAACUGCAUUGAGCUUUCUCUACGACUAUUAUAGGGUAACUAUUCUGUGUUCAACAUUAGAUUGGAAGACUUAUUCCUGAAUAAUGAUUAAUUCAGAUUACAGACAUAUUAUUUUACAUUACAUUGGAAGAAAUAUGACCUUGAAGAGUUCACCUCACAGUACAUUAACGUCUGGCAUUUUCACCUUUACCUUAAUAAAUACAAACAUUAUUAAAAAUAAAUAUAGGGUUUCCUUCAUUAAAAUUGGGUAUAUCUGAACAUUUCAGACAUGCUUCAUAUAUUGUGUCCCAUAUCUACAAUGAGGCCGUCCUUCUGUUACAGGAACUGGUGAAGGUAUCUGCUGUAGUUUUAGAUUUCAACCACAGUAUUUUUUAUUUAAUCUUUAUAUUUUAGGUCCCAAAAGAAAAGCGAAUUAUUUCUCCAGGUUCAACAGGACGCUGUGAGCAAGUGAAAAGGUGGGUUAAUUUAACAGCUCCUUGAGAUCGUUUAAAAUAUAUGUGAACAUUUAUUUAAAAAAAAAAAAAAAAAAUUAACUCUAUUUUUUUCCCUUUAUUUUAGGAAUUGUGUUGAAUAUGAAACUGACAUUUCAUCUUUUGAAAAUUCAAACCAGCUCAUGAAAUUUAUUUCUGAUAAUACAUCCACUACUCAAGACUACACAGAGACAAAUAAAAAAAACAGUUACUUAUCUCUAGACUGUCUUAUAAACCCCAGCAAAAUGACUUUAUCACAGAGCAACAGCAAGCUAGACAACAAUAACCAUGAAGAUUUCAUGGCAACGUCUUGUGAGGUGUACGAAAAAAACCCAUUGAACUCACUCUUCGAACCAUUACAAGUAGCAACAUCACAACAAAGAUGGCAACCAGACAGCACAUUCAAAGAAGACACUCCCACAGAGGUAGAAUAGUUUUCAAAAUUCAAAGCAUCAGCAGUACAUAAAGAUUUUUUUUUAAUAAACAUUUAGGUGUUUCUCCUCCAAUAACAUUCCUCUGUUUUCUUGGCAGCCAAUGAUAUUCAGUGAAAUUCUAAGGAGUCAAUCCGAAUCCACUUGCUCUGAAGAUUAUCUCCCAGCAGAAGCAAAUUGGUGAGCAUCUUUAAGUGGAGAAUGGCUAAUAAGCUAAAAUGGGCAAUGCAAAAUCUAUUUACAACUCUACAUCAUGUAGAGCAACCAUUGUCUAUGGAUACAGAUAAAUAGAUAUAGCUUUACUAAUUGAUUAUUUAGCUUUUGCUUAACUAUACCAACAAAUGUAUAUGUUAAUGCAUUGACAUUCUAGGUAAACAUUGGAGUUGUUCCCCAAUUUUUGUUGAUCUGUAGUCCUGGUACCUUUCCUUAUUUAAUGACAAUUCUUGUCCAAGUUACAAUUAUUUGAUUUGCUAAACUCUCCAUAGGACCUUUUAUAUUAUUUUUUUUUUUUUUACAUAUGUUUUAUUUAUUCAUGGAAGUAGGGCAUUCUGGAAUGCUGUGCUUAGUAAAACAAAGUUUCACUAUAACUGAUUUAGAUGCCAUUGUCGGUUAUACCACAUAUAGACAUAUUGUGGAUCAUCCAUGACCAGUUCAUGUACUACAUGCGGAAAUUCAGCUUCAACAGUAAAUCAAAGUAUUAAUUGAUGCUGUUUUUAACACUGCUUUUGUCCCCUGCUAUCUUUGCAGUGACUUUGAAUAUACACUGGAAUCCCCUAAAGCUAUUCAAGUGAAAUCUGGAGAUUCGCCAAUGGCCUAUCUCAACAAAGGACAGUUUUAUCCUGUCAACCUCCGAACUGCAGAGAUCAGAAAAUGUUCGCAACACUCUUCCAACAAAGUAAAGGUAUUUGCAAUGUUUCCUAUAAAAUGAAACCUAUUCUUUGUACUCUAUUUAGUCAUUGUGGUCUGACAAUAAGCAAGUUUUUGAAAAGUCAGAGCAUGUGCACUUAUUAAGGUGGGGCAAAACUGAGUUUAGACAACUAUAGGGUGUGUUGCUGUACAUGUUACAAUAAGCCUGAAUUGUACAGAAUUUGGCAAAUAAAAGCUCUGGCACAUCUUUAACUGAACUUUUAAGUGUCCAUCCUAUAUACCUGAAAACCAGUAUUUGAAGUUCAACUAUUUAUGUUUAAAGGAGCAUCAUCAAACCUCGAAACAGUUAAUGACUCACAGUCGGUCAACACAACAAGAUCAAUUAGGAAUUUUGUGUAUAUAGAAUCACACAUUGAACAAACUCUCGUAUAAAAGUGACCUACUGGAUUUAACAAAUGUAGCUAAUUCUGAAAGUUUAGCAAAAUUAUAUGACUCAUUGAAAAUACAAAUCUUAUUUUUCAGGGCAAAUAAAAUGAAAAGUGUACCAGUUCUGUUUGCAUAUCAUUAUAUGUCUGCCCUGAUAAACUACCUCCUAUUCAGUUUUUGUAAAAAGACUGUGGCUGAAUAGAAGUCACUUUUCAUGUGUACAUAGCAAGCUAUUUACGUUUUCCUAUUUGAAUUAGGAUUGGAUUGAUAGAGAACCUUGUGCUUACUCUCCCAUAAUGUGCCUUUUUACAGUGGGAUGUGUGCAUUGGAGUAGUAUUCAGAGAAUCCUUAUUUUAUUUUUAUUUAUUUUUUUGUAUGUAUGUUCACCUAUAAUAUGUCAAACUAAUUCAUAAAGGUGUCAAGUAUUUUCAUUCUGAGCAUGUGCUAAGGCAGAGAUUUAUAUGAUUUCCUUUGGAUGAGCAAUCUGUGGGACAUUGAUACUUAUUUGUUUCAAAAUCAUCUCUCAGUAUUUACCAGAUUAUAAGCAAAUUUAAGUUUGUUUUUUUAAAGCAGCUUACAAUCAAUGUUGAAAACAGGAAACGGUCAUAUUUGUGGUCUUACAAUGUAAUGUGGUCCUCAAUGUCAAUAACUUAAUCUUGUAUUCUGUAUUAAUAUGCAAAUGUUAUUGGAUACUUCUAAUCUCAAAGUUGGGCAUUCCAUAACUCCUCUAACUAUGGUUCAUUGCCAAACCGUACAGGUUGUUAUACUUAGCUUCUACCUUUCCAUUCUUUAGAGUGUUGUGAUGGUGGUCUUUGACAAUGAAAAAAACCCAGAAGAACAGCUGAAACGUUGGAAUCAUUGGCAUUCAAGACAACCAACUGCCAAGCAAAGGGUCAUUGAUGUUGGUAUGUUCAGCUAUAUUUGAUACAUCAAAUUGUCUUACAACAUACAUAUUGAUAUAUCUUAUAUUCUUUUCUUAAGCUGAUGAGCAAUGAUCUGUAGAUAUACUGCCUUUUCAAGCUUUCUUAACGUUCUCCUAUCAGCUUCAGAAAACAUGAUAUUAUUUUAGUUUGUUUUAUUACCUAAUAGGUAGUUAAAUUAUGUAGCUUGUUCUUUCCUAGAUAGAAACAUAGCACUAUAUCCUUCUGUGGUUUUACAUGUGAGCAUAUUUCUUACAUUUUGUGAAUGUGCCUUAUAGCUGACUACAAAGAAAAUUGUAACACCGUCGAAAGCAUCGAGGAAGUGGCGUACAAUGCAUUAUCUUUUGUGUGGAACAUCAAUGAAGAAGCAAAGGUAUGAAUAACUGAGAACCUGCCUGAUCUGUUAGCUGUUUUUACUGCUUAAUUAGAGAUUUCAAACUUAAGUCAAAAACACAGGUAAUCCUGACUACCUUAGCAACACUACACACAACUAACCUUAUUUGAGGAUUGUGUCACACAACUGUUGCUCACUUAACACUUCUAUCUACAUAAAGAAAAACACUUCAAAGGGAAACUUGCAGUGACAUCUUAAACCUAACUGACCUUGUGUAUGAGGAAAAAAACACACUUUGGAACAAUGCGUUGCCUAGAUGAAAUCCGAGAUUAGUACUUGGCAGAGGGAGAAACUGUUGGGACACUUUCCAUGUAACCAUUGUUCCCAGGAGAAUAUAGGAUAAUUUAGGGUGGGUUCACUGCCUGAGGUUAUUUUUAAAUGUUAAAAUCUCUAGGGAUUAAAUCAAUGGAGGGAAGCCAGCAGCAGUUAGAAAUGCUGACAUGGAAACCGUUAAGUUCAUUGACAUUGUUUGGCAUAUGCUUGGUUUCCGUGAUGCAGUUUAGAAAGAGACCAUUUAGUGAGAGUUGUUGUUGUGGGUGUGUGUGGUGUUUUUUUUUUUUCAGUCUUUCUAGUAACUAUCAUACACCUAUCCACACUAUAGAACAUAGACAGACAUUAUUUUAAACAAUGUUUAAUCACCCGCAUUAAGUCAUUUUUAGCUUAGCUAAGAUGAACCAUGUUCCCUUAGCUUAUGGAGUCGGCAAUACUGGUAAAUUGUAAAAUAAUGAUGGUCAAUCAGAUAAUAUGGCAACAAAGCAAACUUAGUAAGUAAAUCUGAAAUUUUGUAGAGAUCACCGGAAAAUCUGCAAUCACUGCAGAUUUCGAACUUCAUUUGUUUAUCACCCUAAUUACUCAUAGAGGGGAACAGUUGCUUUUUACUUAAAGUUAUUGCUCUUCUAUGAUAUACAUUGUGCUCUGUUUUUGUUUGUUUGUUUUACAUUACUUUAUAUGUUGAGUUAGAGAAAUUUAAAUGUAUAACAAUGGGUACAUGACUCUAUGUGAAACCAUACAUCUUUCUGUUUUCAGAUAUUCAUUGGUAUCAACUGUCUGAGCACAGACUUUUCUUCUCAAAAGGGUGUGAAGGGUGUGCCUUUAAAUCUCCAGAUUGAUACCUAUGACUACGACACUGGAGUAAAAAGGCUCAUUCAUCGCGCUGUCUGCCAGAUCAAAAUAUUCUGUGAUAAGGUAUGACUAUGAAAGAUUCUGUUUUCUUUCACAAAACAGUAGGAAAAAGUGUUUUGUGUGUAUAGUAUAAAUGUAGUAGAAUGUUGGUUGUCAAAUAUAUAGUUUAUUCAUUUACUAAAUUUUUUAUUUUUACAGGGUGCAGAACGAAAGAUGAGGGAUGAAGAACGCAAACAGUUUAGGCGAAAAGGAAAGUGUACAGAUCCUAGCAGCAAAGGUAUGAGUUAGAAAUAUCUAAAUUUCUAUCUUUUUUCUAAAACAUGUAAACACACAUGUACUAACAAAUUAUAAGAUUGUGCAAUGUCACUCAUAUCUGUGAUCACCUAGAUGUGCCUGUUUGUAUUUGCUGUUUUGUUAGUGGAUUGAGGUGAUGGGUCUCAUGGAGUGCAUAAAUUGAGUUGAGAUUAACAGAUAUUCUUUGUCAAGCCAAGUGUGUUGUGUGCUUUCCUGCUUUGUUUUAGAAUAUCUAAAAGAGGUUACUUCUGCACAGUAUUAACAUGUGAACUAUUUAUUUUCGAUCUAAUAGUGAUUUUCUUUUUUUAAUCCCCCCUCCUCACUUAGACAUAAAGACCCCAGUGCUCCCAGGUUACAGGGGGACAGACAUCACUUAUCUGAGACCGGUGACAGAUAUGGAAUCUCAGCCUGUUUUGUUCAUCCCCAACGUCCAUUUUUCCAAUCUACAAAGAUGUGGGAUAGUAAGUAUAUUGUUUUAAAGUAUAUUUCAAUAUUUGUUUUGCAAUAAAACAAAAUAACACCUUCCACCUAUCUAGCUGUUUAAAAUGUUAAUGAUUAAAACAAAGCACUUGGCAAAAUUACCUGUUGUGUAUACUCCAUUUUUGAAAAUACCUGUCGUGUGUGUGUGUGUGUGUGUAUGUAUGUGUGUGUGUAUGUAUAUAGAGAGAGAGAGAGAGUCCCGCUCACCAUUCAUGUAAUAAUAAAAUACAUGUGUUUUUAUGAAUGUGUGUGUGUGUGUGUGUAUAUAUAUAUAUAUAUAUAUAUAUAUAUAUAUAUAUAUAUAUAUAUACACACACACACACACAUACAUAGUUUGUGCAUUUGCUCUAUUCUGCAACCCAAUCAUUAAUUUUUUUUUAUAUUUGUUUUAAUUUUUAUUCAAACUGUUUCCAAGGGGAAACAAAAGUCAUGUUUUGCUGGUUGAACAGCAGCUGCAGGAAUCUGACAAGACAAACAUGUCUUUCAUUUAAAGGAUUUAGCUCUAAGGCGUCCAGGACUAGUGACAAUACUUGCCCUUUUAAACACAGACACCAUGGAAGCUGUAUAGAAUGUACUUUACACAUAUCAUUAUUUUAGCAUUUGUGGAAUUGAUCUGAUUUUUUUUUUUUUUUUCUUUAAGGUACUUCCUGCUAUUACAGAUAAUAACGACAGGUAAGAUUUGUGGAAAUGUAAAUUAUGUUUAUGAAAUGCACUACACGGAUGUAUUUGAGAUUUCCAAAGAAUGUUUUCAGGCUAUAAACAUGUCAUCUAGAAAUUAUUGUAAACAUUGAGCACAAGAUAUAAGUUAGAUAUUCUAUUUGCUUUUUACAUGUCUUGGGUUAGUUCUGUCCAAUCUGAAUACUAUUGGUCUGUUGACAUGCUAGGUUUCCAAGCAAACACAUAGUUUUCAUCAUGGCCUUGCUUAGGGAUUACUUGAUUAAAUUACUUUUUUUUUUUUAACCUUUUUGCCAUUUUGGUGCAUCUCUGUAGCAGAGUACAUAAGUGCAGUUUCUACCCUAAAAAGCUAUUAAGCUUUUGGAAAGAGAGAAAUUGAUUUUUAUAUUGUUGUCACAAAGAACACGGAAUCAGGCAAGGAUCUACAACUUGAGAGGUAGCAUUCUUGAAAUUUUACCGCCAUAUGUAGAAUUAUUCAGACUUUGUGAUAAAAACUUCCAUUUUGAAAAACAUCAUACCUCUUAUAGGAAAUUUAAAAAAAGAAAAAGUGUAACACAGCAUUCUCCCCAAUACUUUUUAAUAUGUAUUUCAGAUGAGCAGGCAUUAUUAAAGAUUAUAAAAACUUUGUCCAUUUAUAUCAAGUUCUUCUAUGUUUCCAGGUUGGCAAUGAAGAGAAGUUGCUCUUCAUUUACAGAAGGGUUUGAUGUGCCACCAUCCAAGAAGCUGCAAAAUGAAAGUUCUCCAAGAGGUAACAUCUCAUCUUAUAUUUCUAGAAGAAUUCUACAAAAUGCAUCCUGCAUAAUUUUCCUAUAGGAAAUAAUCUAUUUACAAAGUUACUUAGUGGUAUAGCCUAAGUAAGAUUCAAGUCCAAGCUAAUCCUUUCACACAUCUGUUUCUGAGGCUGGGACCUUUCCAAAUUAAUUUAAGGAACAAUUUAAAAUAAAGAAUUCUCUAAACAAUAAUGUAAAUAAAGCUGGUAACUUGUUUUCAGGAAUUAGUUUUACUUUCUAAAUUGGAGAUUCCUCUAAAAUAAGUCAAGUAGACUUUGGGUAUUCUAUAUAUUUAUCUUCAAAGCUUGAUUAUGGUAUAUUGAGUUUUACUAAAUUUGUACUUUUUUUUCUUUCUUUCUUUCAGUAUUAUUAUAUGUAAGAAGGGAUUCAGAAGAAGUGUUCGAUGCCCUAAUGUUAAAGACCCCUGACCUCAGUGGUUUAAGGAAUGCGGUAAGUUGAUGGCAUCUUUCUAGCAGUUUUUAUUUAGGUUCUAUGAAAUGUACAAUGACUAUGAUUGUCUGCCAUAAAGAGUGUGGAAGAACAUCACAGAAGUUGUACUUCAUGAAAAACUCUAGAUAACAUCUAGAAUAUCUGUUUGACUUUUUGAUUUGCUUACCUGUUUUGGCAGUUAAUGUAAACCUUGGGCCUGGCUAUUUCUUACAGUAUAAGACCUACCGUACUUGAAAUAAUGUGAUGCAAAUUACUACAAUCAGUAUAUUAAUUAAGGGAAUGGAACCAUCCCAUUGUGAUGGGAUUUUAAACCUUUGAAGAAUUAGGCUCAAAGUACGACUUUGAUGUGCCCACUGAUAGAAAGCGGUGAAAGCUAACAAAUGCUUGUGUGUGUUUUGUAGUUGUCUAUAAUUUGAUUCAAGUACAUGGUUAAAUGCAAUGCUACAUUUCAUACUAACGUGUAACAACACAUUUGACAGCUCUCAGAAAAAUAUGGUUUACCAGAAGAAAGGAUCUCCAGAGUCUAUAAGAAGUGUAAACGAGGGUAAGUACUAUAUGCUAAAUAUUCAAUAUGUACAUAUAUAAUCCAAAAAGCUGCAUCAAUCAAAUCCCUUUCUUAUUUAACAUAGUUAGUAUGAGUAAAUAAAAUUGUAUUUCCCCCAUGUUAAAUUAAUAUGGAAAUUUACAAAAACAAAUGACAGCCAAUUUGAAGAGAAAACCAGUAUUGGUGAUCUAAUUUCAAAACGAUCACUGUGGUAAAGUCGUGGUGCCUGUUUGGCCUUUAGAAAAUAAUAAAAAUCUAUAAAUAUACUCAUUCUGUUGAAAAUAAUGAUACAAUCAGUUCUGCAAGCUCGUUGACUUUGUGAAAGAACAGCUAAUGCACUGUUGUUACUGGCACUUGUCCAGAUAUGUCCCUCCCUAAGAGAUGAAUUGAUGGCUGGCUGCAUUACACAAUAAUCUUUGCAAAACAAGUCACGCAUCUCAAAAAAGAUGUAGAAAAUAAACCGAUUUAGUCUCAAUUGUGCACUAGUGACAGUGUUUGAAUAUUUACUUUUUUGAAUCUCUUUUAUGUUGGGUUUGCUAAACUGGGUGAUCUCGGUCUUUAUUGUUAAUACUGAAUAUUUAUUUUUCUCUUUAAAGAAUAUUGGUUAAUAUGGACAACAAUAUCAUCGAGCAUUACAGCAACCAUGUGGCUUUUCUGCUGGACUUUACGGAAAUAGAAGGAUGCAUACAAGUGACACUUAAGGAAAUCUAGAUGUAAAAUCACUGGACCGUGUACAAAUCAAACACUCCUGAGCCAGGAGAUGAGACUCGGUUAAGCAGACCACACCACUCCGUUCUUGCACUUGGCACAAGUUUGAAGAAAACAUAUCAACAAAGUAUUUUGAACCUUCAACUUUCAUGGAUUGUAUUGUGGGUCUUUGCCAUGAACGAAGAUCGCUCUGUCCAGAAGGGUCUUUUAUAAAGCUUUGAAUUAUUUUUAUUUUUUUUUGUCUUCUGACAAUUGUGGACUUUUGCCCUGCAUUGCAAACCGAAAUGUUACAGUUGCAAUUUCUGCAACCAUACUGCUCUGACUAUCUAUGUCCUUGCUUUUACCUUUAUGGAUAUACCAUAACUUUUACCUCCUAUUAUUGCAUCACACAACCGUAUAAGAGGAAACCCCUGUUUCAAAAAUAUUUAUGAAGCCUAUAAACAAAAAAUAUAUUAAAAGAAGAACUCUACAUCACAGUCUGGUUCAGGAAUCUUUCCAAGGGUACAUAGAUAUUCUAACCAAUUAUCCACUUUAGUAACAUGCAUUUGGAGAGGGCUGAGUUAUCAUAACCCCUUUUAUUUCUUUAAUGCAGCUAUACCAUAUGGUAUACCUCUUACCCAGGCCAGUUAUGAGCAUGUGCACUAACUAAUGUACACUAGAACAGUAAUUUUCCCCUGACUUUGUCCUUCUAUAUAGUACCAAAGAGAACGGACAACUGUGAUGUAAAAAUUUUAAAUAUUUAGCUGCUAUUUUACUGACUGCCCCAGAAUUCAAAAUUAAAUAUGUGCAUCAGAAUUUGUUUAACGGUUCUACAUUGCAAUAUAAUCUGAGACAAUUCUGCAGAAAAUGUAAAAACUGUCUCUCCACCCAUCUUUGUGUGAUAAAGUUUAAAAUCGGGAUUACGAAGUUCUAGAUAUUUAUAUUUUGUCCUACUUCUUGCCAUGCCUGAAAAACAUGUACUCGUUUUUCAGCACACAUCACUUUUUCUACAACACGACUGAAACAUUUAUCUUGUUUCAAACAGCAUUGUCAUUUUCUAUCAAAAAUUUUCAACAAGCACGGGUUGUGUUUUAGACGCACAUUUGUUUAUUUAAACAGCUGCCAGUUUUGUCUGAAAAGGCCCAUCGAAGUGAAACAAAAAAGUUAGUUUUAUACAUUUCUGUUUUUAAUAUCUUAUUUUAAAUAUGUUUUUUGUAAAUAUUGAGAUUUUUUUUGUAUGUGUUUUAAUAUGCAAAUAAUUUUUUGUUCAUUUAAAAAAAAAAGUUGUUCAC